AUGAUAAAUAAAAUCUCAGGUACAGAAAUACGAGCAUUAGCUAAACAUAUAUGUAUGUCCCCUCACAAAGCGCGAAGAGUUAUUGAUCAGAUUCGCGGUUGCUCUUAUGAACAAACACUUAUGAUACUAGAACUCAUGCCGUAUCGAGUAUGUUAUCCCGUUUUCAAAUUGGUUUACUCUGCAGCGGCAAAUGCUAGUCACAAUAUGGGUUUGAACGAAGCUGAUUCAUUCAUUAGUAAAGCGGAAGUCCAUGGAGGUGCCAUGAUGAAAAAGUUCAAACCUAAAGCUAGGGGACGCAGUUAUCCGAUAAAAAGACCCACUUGUCAUAUAACUAUUGUUUUAAAGGAAAGAAAAAAGAGUCCCCUUGUAGUUUGA